AUGAAUGAUUUUGUUUUGGCCAAAAACAAAGCCGACUUCAACCCUAGCAAACCGACAGAAAAAACGAGUGAAUAUAGAGCUUGGAAAUGGAGCGAUGCCCUGAUAAAGGGUUGGCUUACUGCAGCUAUGGAGAAAGAUAUUCGAAACAGUGUCAAAUAUGCCACAAUCGCAAAGCAGAUCUGGAUGAGAUUGAAGGAGAGUGCACCCAGUGCUUACGAAUUGAAGUGUGCACUAAUAGUGCUCAUAUCUCAGCGUACAGGUGACUUGAUUUACAACCCCGAAAUCGAAAAAGAAGCAAGGCGUUUGGCUAAGGAAAAACGAGUUGAACGUGGUCAAACUUCUAACCCCCACGGGGACCCGGAGGUUGAAACCGCUUCAUUAAGUGAUAUAGAACCCGAUUCUAGUCCCGACCCUCGCCAAGAAAUUCCCGAAACACCACCCCUACAACAAAAUCCACCCAUUAUUGAACCAACUGUAAUGGCGGACGGAGGAGAAGUUCCCGAGAGAACCUUGAGGAAACUUCCACCCAAAUGCAAAGAUCCCAGAAUGUUCACGGUUCCUUGCAAGAUUGGGGAUGUCACUUUUAGUAGUGCUAUGCUUGAUCUUGGUGCUUCUAUCAAUGUCAUGCCCUAUUCGGUAUAUGAAUCAUUAAAUGUCGGACCCUUAAGUGAAACCGGUGUCAUAAUUUCUCUUGCGGAUAAAUCGAGUGUCUUUCCUAGAGGUGUUUUAGAAGAUGUCCUAGUGCAAGUGAACCAAUUAGUCUUCUCGGCGGAUUUCUAUGUGAUUGAUCUAGAUGAGCAAGUGUCCUCCAAAUCGGCUCUAAUCUUGCUUGGGAGACCGUUUUUGAAGACGGCUAGGACAAAGAUCGAUGUGUAUGCGGGAAGUUUGACAAUGGAGUUUGAUGGCGAAACAAUAAGUUUUAAUAUUUAUGAUGCCAUGAGAUACCCUAGUGACGUCUCAUCUUUGUACUUUGUUGAUGUUGUUGAGCCAAUUACUCAAGAAUUGUUUGAGUUGUCUAACGGUGAUAUGUUGGAAACGAUCUUGAGCAAAGGAUUCGAUUGUGGGAAGCUAGCCGAACAAUUAAAGCUUUAUUCUUUGGAUCCGGAAGUUGAGAAGUUGGUAAGUAAAAUGGAGAUGAAAAAAUUCACAAGAUUAGAUGUCAAGCAAAUUGAAUUGCCCCCAACUCACACAAAAUUGCCGCCAUCCCUUGUUCAACCACCCGAAUUGGAAUUGAAGGUCUUACCUCAACAUUUGAAGUAUGCUUACUUGGGAAAGAAUGAAACCCUUCCGGUUAUCAUUUCAACUCAUUUAACCGAAUUCGAAGAAGACGGGUAUUCCGGUUUUCACCAAAUCCCGGUGGCACCGGAAGACCAAGAAAAGACGACAUUUACAUGUCCAUUUGGUACUUUUGCCUACCGGAGAAUGCCAUUUGGAUUGUGUAACGCCCGGGCCACUUUCCAACGUUGUAUGGUUAGUAUCUUUUCGGAAUACGUUGAAAACAUAAUUGAGGUUUUUAUGGAUGAUUUCACGGUCUAUGGCAACUCCUUUCAAGAAUGUUUGACUAACCUCACAAAAAUUUUAAAUUCGGAUCACGCAGCACUUAAGUACUUGAUAACGAAGAAAGAUGCAAAGCCGAGACUUGCUUGUGGGGGACACUUCGGACCUAGCCGGACUUUGAGAAAAGUCCUUGAAUGUGGAUUAUUUUGGCCAACCAUGUCACGCGAUUGUUAUAUGUUUUGCAAAAGUUGUGAGCGGUGCCAAAGAACGGGAAACAUUUCGCAAAAGAACCAAAUGCCCCAAAAUCCAAUCCUUGGUUGUGAAAUUUUUGACGUAUGGGGGAUUGAUUUUAUGGGCCCAUUUCCCGUGUCAUUUGGCAACGUUUAUAUUUUACUCGCGGUUGACUAUGUUUCUAAAUGGGUUGAAGCCAAAGCCACAAGAUCGGACGAUGCUAAAACGGUUAUCGAGUUUUUAAAGUCUAAUGUUUUUGCAAGAUUUGGUGUGCCUAGGGCUUUGAUUAGUGAUAGAGGGACGCACUUUUGCAACAAAAUGAUGGAGGCUCUAUUGAAGAAGUAUCACGUGACUCAUCGUGUCUCCACUGCCUAUCACCCUCAAACGAAUGGUCAAGCGGAGGUGUCGAAUCGUGAAGUGAAGUCUAUUCUAGAGAAAACGGUGAAUCCGACAAAGAAGGAUUGGAGUUUGAGACUCGACGAUGCCUUAUGGGCAUAUCGAACCGCUUAUAAGACCCCGAUUGGAAUGUCGCCCUUCAGAUUAGUUUUUGGAAAACCUUGUCAUCUUCCCGUCGAGUUAGAGCACCGAGCAUUUUGGGCGGUCAAGAAAUGCAACUUCGACGUAGACGAGGCGGGAAGGCAUAGGAAACUUCAACUCCAAGAGCUAGAAGAAUUGAGAAACGAAUCCUAUGAAAACGCAAGGAUUUAUAAGGAGAAAACGAAGCUUUUCCACGACAAGUCCAUCACCCGGAAGAAUUUUGAACCGGGACAUAGGGUCUUACUUUACCAUUCACGGUUGAAGUUAUUCCCAGGUAAAUUAAGAUCAAGGUGGAUUGGCCCAUUUGUUGUAAUAAAGACUUUUGACCAUGGAGCGGUCGAAAUCCAAAGUGAAGAAACGGGACAAAUUUUCAAAGUCAAUGGGCACCGACUAAAGCCAUUCUAUGAAGGUUUUAAUGCAAGUGUUACUGAAAUCAUCCACUUGGAUGUCCCGGUGUGUUGA